AUGGUAGUGGUUGGUUAUUACAAUUUGCAACUUGUCGCCUAUGGAUAUAAAUGUAUUUUGGUAUAUGAAGGGAGCAAAUUGUUACUUUACUUAGAACCAGGAAAGUUUUUAGGUGAAUUUAUAGAAGAAUUAAAAGUUGAUUUGAUUUGGGGUGAUUUAAUAGAGGAUAAAGAAGUUGUAUUAACAAUCAAUGAUUCUAUCGACAAUCUUUUUCAAAUAAUAUUGACUGAGGAUAAUAAACACAUGAAUGAAAUUACAUUUAACAACAUAAUUGAAGCUCACAAAAGGCAUCAGAAAUUACAUGAUCUUUAUCCAAGUGAUCUUGUUAUUCUUGUUUCUUUACAAGUUCGACUUAUUCCAUACUUUCAGCAAUUCCUUUAUGAAGAUAGUGAAGAAUGUGGUGAUGCUGAUGUAAAUGAUGAUUUGUUAAAAGACACUGAUUACACAGAAAAUGAAUUUGCCAUUGAAAAAUUCAAAAAAAAAAUUCUAAAAUAUAUCAAAUCACAUGAUAACAUUCCAUCUUAUACACUUGAAAUGGCAAAUUCGAUUCUCAGCUGUGAUGAAAUUCAAAGCAACCAUUUAUUGUUUGAAGGAAUUUUAUGUUGUUCAUACUUGGAAAAAGAACAACCAAAACUUUACAAGCAAAUUGAAACAAAAAAAAAUUUGAACUAUUUUAAGUUGGAUGUUGAAAGAUAUAAGGCUCAAUUAUCAGAUAAUCAAAUGAAAUUAAUAAAAGAUUUGAUCAUCCACAACACUCUUGAUUAUAGGAUUACUAGUCAAAAUCAAAAACUAGAUCUUGCAAUAAUUAAUUUAGUAGAUAGCUUUAAAAAGAUAUGGAAAUUAAAAUGUUAUCAACGAUCUGAUAAGUAUGUAAAUGAAAAGACAUUUGGGCAUAAUAUUGUGGAUAAAAUAAUUGAUUUCAUAUUCUAUGAUAUAGUUGCAGAAUCUAAAUGGAAAAUAUCAUCAACAUUUGGUAAAUUAAACCAAGAAAUAAAUGCAACAAUAUCAACACCAACAAAUCAACCAAUCACGACUUUAGAACCUGGUUCUGGUGGAAGUAUCUUCACUACAAAUUGUACACCAUAA